GAUUGGUGGAAUGAAACAGGGAGGUCCGGUCCUUGCUCAGCGUUCUUCCGGCUUACAUGUUGGAAAAAAGAAAAGACGAAUGGAAAAAAUUGUAAUCCACGAAACGACCAUUGCUUAGUAACUCCGCGGUCAUAAAGAGUUAAAAUGAGCUCCCAGCAAUUCCCCCGACACGGGCUGCCUGCUUCCAGCGGGGGAGCUCCUCAGAUCCCUGCUGCUGGAAACCUAGUGUCUGUCAAUCAGCCGUCAAAUACAGCAGGGGGUGGAGAAGCGGACAGCAGCCGGGAUGCUGAUCAUGGGCAGCACGAUCAUCCACCUGCUGGGGGCGGGGGAACCUUGGCCUUCAGAGAUGAAAAGCAGGAGACUAUGGUGGUCAGACCUUACCCACAAGUUCAGACGCAUGGCCAGCCACAAGCUACUCCCCAAACCAUGGCCAUCCAGCCUGGCACACCUGUGACUGUACCUGCCCCCUCAGUCCACCUCCCACAGGGCCAGCCUCCAAUCCUCACAGAGGGACAGAUGAAGGCUGUCCUGAAGUCACCUAUGCCAAGUCGUCUUAUUGCCCCAGCACCAGCUUCCAACCAGGGUCAUAUCCCUAUACCUCCCAAGGUGCCUGGUCACAUUACUGUCACCAUAGAGAGCAGUAUUGCCCCAACCCCAUCUAUUCCUGUGGCAACUAUCAGUGGUCAGCAGGGUCACUCCAGCAACUUACACCACCUGAUGCCAGCUAACAUUCAGAUCAUCAGGGGCAGUGCCCCUGCACUGCAGAUUGGAACCCCUGCGGUCCCUCCCCAGACCUUUACAUCCCAUUUACCCCGAGGGGCUGCUGCAGCAGCUGUUAUGUCCAGCUCCAAAACUGUCCUGCGGCCAGCCACUGGAGCAAGCGCGGGUCCCGGCCAGCCCACAGUGCAGCACAUAAUCCACCAGACUAUUCAGUCCCGCCCUGCUGUAACAACGUCUACAGCCGUGCUUCCAACUGUGGUGGCCCCCAUUUCUGCAACGAGAACUCAGUCCCCAGUUAUCAGUCCAACAGUAACACACUCUGCAGAGGUGGCACAUGGGCGUCCAGGGCUGACCAUUCACCCCCCUCCAGCCACUGUCAGUAUUCAGAGGUCUCAGACAUCCCGUGACACCGCCACACGGAUCACGCUGCCGUCUCACCCUGCAAUUGGGGCUCAAAAGCCUCAGCCUCCGCACACCAUGACACAGAAGCCCAUCUUCAGUCCUGUCACACCAGUAGCUGCAGCAACUGUGGCACCAAUUGUUGCCACUAACACUGUUCCAUCCACCACCACAAUGGGCACUGUGCCACAUACCCAGAUGACCAGUAACACUAUUGUCACCAUGACGAUGGCCUCACACUCCUCUCAUGCUACAGCAGUGACCACGUCCGCCAUCCCUGUUGCAAAGGUGGUCCCUCAGCCCAUUGCCCACUCUUCAUCCCGCGUGCAGGCUGACUAUCCUGGAGAGAGAGCCAACCUCAUCCCGAUCCCAGGCCAUCGGUCAUCUCCUAACCCCAUCACCGUGGAAGCAAGAAGUGACAACAGGUCUUCUGUGCCUGUGCAGUUCCAGUAUUUCCUGCCGGCGUACUCCUCGUCAUACCCUCUGACACACACCUACACCCCCAUCAGCAGCUCUGUUUCUGCCAUCCGCCAGUAUCCUGUUACUCCUCAAGCUCCGAGUUCAGCACUGCCCACCCAAGCAGGAGUAGGCGUGGCAACCACUGUCCAUCUAAACCACAUGCAGCUGAUGGCAGUCGAUCGGAUUGGCCUCCCAUCUGCACAAAUCAGCACCCAGGGGAUCCAGCCCGCGCCAAUCGCCGCACAGGGCAUUCAGCCUGCACCGAUAGGCGUGCAGGGCCUGCAUACGUCUGCACCAAUCACCACACAAGGACUACAGCAGGCACCAAUAGUCACUCAGCAGCAGCAGCAAGCGCAGUCUGAAGCAAAACCCGGGGUUGUUCUGGCUGAUGGCUUUGUAGCUAGCCCAAUCAGCAGCACAUUCAGCACCACCCAGCCAGUAGCCACAAUGGUGCAGGCACAUCCCCAGGGAGGAGUAGGAGGGACUCCUACCCUGGUCUCCUCCCCUAGACCCAGCAUCCUCCGAAAGAAGCCUGCUAAUGAAGGCUGUGUUCGUAAGAACCUGAUCCCCGCCCAGCCCAGUGAACCCAGUAGUGGCAGAAUUGAGAGUGCCAUGAGAGGAGCAGGAUCUCCCCGACCUGCGGGCGUGAAACCCAAAGCUGAGAUGCACAUGGCGGUGGCGCCUCCUGUCAUGGCUACAGUAGAAGCACUGCCUUCUCAGGGAGGAGAGCAGCAGGCCAUGUCCUCAAACGCCCAGCACCUUGCCCAAGCAAUCCCCACCAUGCUCGCCACGCCGGGGCCUGUACCUCCCUCCCAGGCCUCCACUGUCCUCUCCGCCCUGCCUGCAUCCAUGGCUGUAACUCCCCCUGUUCCAGCUUCAAUGGCCAACACCGUGGCCUCCCCCACUCAGCCAGCAGCCAGUAGCACUGCAGCCUGUGCUGCCAGCUCUGCCUGCCCAGAUUUGAAAAUUAAGCAGGAGGUGGAGACCAUGGACACCUCCCAGCCAGAUCCAAAUGUGAACUUGUCUUCAGGCCCAGCCCUCACCACUCAGACCUCCACCCUGAACACUCCUGCCACAGGAGAUCUGAUCCCUGGGGCCUCCCCGAGGAAGAAGCCCCGCAAGCAGCAGCAUGUUAUUUCUACAGAGGAGAGCGAGAUGGUCGAGACCAACAGCACGGAUGAGGAGAAGGCCCCGGGCAGGCCCAUCACCGGCAGGGCUGAGAGGCGCGAAUCUCCACCAAGGGAAUAUGUUGAUGAAGAAGGAGUGCGUUAUGUACCAGUCAGGCCUCGACCACCUGUUACUCUUCUGCGGCACUACAGGAACCCCUGGAAAGCUGCUUACCACCACUUCCAGAGGUACAGCGACAUCCGGGUCAAAGAGGAGAAGAAGGGCAGUUUACAGGAUAUGGCCAACCAGAGGGGAGUGGCAUGCAGAGCUCAAGGCUGGAAGAUUCACCUGUGUGCUGCACAGUUAAGGCAGCUGUCAAGUUUGGAGCAUGAUGUGUACAGCCGCCUCUCCACCCUUCAAGAGGGCCUGAUUCCUAAGAAGAGAGCAGGAGCUGAUGAUGACCUUCACCGAAUCAACGAGCUUAUACAGGGUAACAUGCAGCGCUGUAAGCUGGUGAUGGACCAGGUGACAGAGGCCAGAGACACCAUGAUGAAAGUGCUCGACCACAAGGAGAAAGUGCUGAAGCUGCUCAACAAGAACGGCGGCGUCAAGAAAUCCUCCAAACUGAAGCGUAAAGAACGGGCAUGAGCGGGGCGGCGGUGGUGGUGGGGAGCUAUUCACUCUGUCGACAACUGCCACCGUCUCCUCUAAAGGGGUGAAGGAACUGCUCAAAAGUUGGUGCUAUGAUUUGCUGCAUACAAUCGCACGCACCCUCCCUAUCUGCCUGAGAGCGGACAGAGAAGUGACAGAAGGGCAGAAAUCAGGAAUAGGAGCAUUGUAGUUUGCAUUAGAGCCCCCACCACCACCACCACUUGUUCAUUUUUGAAGAGACCAUUUGUACUAACUUAAUUUCUCCCACUUCUUUUAAGACCAUGUUUGACCUGGCGCAUUGUGUAUCUUUGAUAUUUGGCACUAAAUGCAGGUGCAGUGAAUACAUGUAAGUAUUUCAGUUAAGGAGAGUUACUGAAAAAAUCAUUUAAAAAGAGUCCUUUUAGUAAGCGGUGCGUAUACAGACUAAUCUCAGUCGUGCUCUUUUCAUGAAUCUGUGCCUUCAUUUUGUCGGUGUACAUGAAAUGGACGGACGUGUGAAAGCUCUUCAUCAUUCAAAGGAAAGCGUCAAUUUCACUGCUUCCCCUUUUACUCCGAACAUCCUGCACCUGGAAUUUUUUUUUAGUUCACAUUUGUUCAUCUAGUAUGGGUAAACAGUUGCCUAUCAGCCACAAGUUUAGGUGUCAUCUAAAAGAUAAAGGAAUACUUACAUGGGUUGAGGUAAAAAAAAAAAAAAAAGUGAGAGAAGGAACCUAAAUGUGCCACAUUUAAUUGAUUUAAUAUACAAAAAAGCUCUUAAAGGAUUAAUAGUGUCAUUAGAUGGUUAUCUGGAAGUGAGGGUUUAGUGCAUAUGUGUAAUGCCAAGUUAACUUUACAUUUAAAACUGCUAUGAAUCAUCUACUUAAUCCAAAGUAAAUGGAUGUCCUGGUAGUAAAAAAACAAUAUUUUCAUUUGGUUUCAGACAGUAGAUUGCUUGAAAGAAAGAGAGCGAGUAUGCUCGUGUGACUGGUGGACUGAAUUGAUGUAAAUCACUGUAAAUGUGCUUUAGGUUUUCCAUUGACCUGGUUCUUUUCAAGUUUUGUACUCGAUACUUUUUUUGCUGUGUGAUGUGUGCCGCUUCAUUUUAGAGAGUGUACACUAUGAGAUGAAGUGAGCCUGAAACAUCCAGCUACUGUACAUUGCUUUCUGUCUGUGUUAUUAUAGUAAAGAUACUUAAACAAUACCAGA